AUGGGCUCGCGGUAUAUAAGGUUUCUGUCUGCUGUGGUGCUGCUCCAUAGUCUGCGGGAGCUCCCGUGGAGACUGCGAGUGGGAUUCGCUGGGAGCAGAGCCGCUUUGGGAUCCUCAAAGAAGUAUUUCAGGGAGAAGGAGUGUGUGACCAUUGUCAGAAUGGGGAGAGCGGGGAAUUCAGACCUAGCACCUGCGGAGCCUCCGCAGCAUAGCGACCAUAAGCGCAAACACCACAGUGUGGGCUUGGGCAGCAGGAGUGAUGCGGCCGGGCCCCGAGAUCGGUGCAAGCGAAGCCGAGACCUCGGGCCAGACAUGCGGAGCAGCCUCCUCCCGGGCGAAGUCGAGGACCGCAACAGGAGCACUCACAGAGUGGGGCACGGCCAGGCCGAACCUGCGGAACAAAAAAUGAAACGGGAUAAGCGGGAGGGAGCCUCCGAAGCUGCCGCCGGCCCCAAGGCUGGCUCUGGAAAUGGCUCAUCUCUCAGCAUCAAGGACAUCCCCGAACUCCAGGCACAGCUGGGCCUCGGACCUUUCCAGGUCAACGCCACCGAGAAGGAAGCAGGGAGAGUAUUUCUGGGCUCGAGGUUGAAUGGGGUGGAUCGAGAUCCCUCCUUGGAGUCGCCGGGAAGGAAGAGCCUUCUGGUGCCUCAGAGCCCAGCAAGCGGCUGGGAGAUAGAUCAUCUCAAAGCAGAGAUCUCUCGCAAGCGGCAGCUGGUGGAGGACACAAUGUUGCUGGAGGGAAGUAAAAGAUAUUUUAAACGGAGUAAGCUUGCCAGAAAAGAAGAGGAGGCAUACUUUGGAAGAUGUGCCUCCAAGAUACAGCCACAAGAGAAGGAUGAGAACCCGCUAACGUCCUUCUCUCCUGUGGCAGAACUAGACCCGACAGAGGAAAAAUUGCCAGUGAAUCUUUCCAGGCAAGAGAUCGUGUCGGGUUUGAGAGGAAGAGGCGAACCCGUAAGAUUGUUUGGAGAAACAGAUUAUGAUGCUUUUCAGCGGUUAAGAAAGAUGGAGAUUCUCAUGCCCGAAGUGAACAAGGGUUUGAAGAAUGACUUGAAGGCGGCUUUGGAUGAGGUUGAACAACAACACUUCCAGGACAUUGUUGCUGGAGAAGACACACAGAAGGAUCUGAAAGCCCGCGAAGAAAACACUACUUUUGAAGAAUUUGAGGUAUUGGGACAGUCCUUAGGAAGGGGGGAUGAUUACAAAGACAUGGAUUUCAUCACCAGGUUCCUUAAGUUUCUCCUUGGAGUUUGGACUCAGGAGCUCCAGGCUAGAGAAGAGCAUGUAAAAUGCAGUGCGCAGGGCAAACUGAACAGUGCCGCCCAGAAACAGACAGAAUCCUAUCUGAGGCCACUUUUCAGGAAACUGCAAAAGAAAGCCAACGAGGCUUAUCUUCAGAUGGCCAUUGGAAAUGCCCCCUGGCCAAUUGGAGUCACUAUGGUCGGUAUCCAUGCCAGAACUGGUCGUGAAAAGAUCUUUUCCAAGCAUGUUGCCCACGUUCUAAAUGAUGAGACACAACGAAAAUUUAUUCAGGGUUUAAAAAGAUUAAUGACCCUUUGCCAGAUGCACUUCUCUGCACAUCCAUCAAAAUGUGUGGAGUACAAUGCGCUGUGA